UUAAGUUAGUGGAGGCAACUUACCAAGCACCUUUACCUCAACAACCACUUUUCUUCGCUUCUCGCAGACGGUGUCUUUCCUCGUCUUCUUUACACGGUGUUCAUAUUCUUGCGACAUAGUUGUAGAGGCAUUUUGCCAUACAUGAACAGUCCAACAUAAACAGUUUGGCCGAAGACACGGUACAAGGAACGAAGGACAUCUACCCCACGUCAACAUGGAGAACGCGCACGCACAAUCUACCUCGGAGGUCCUGAAGUUCUUUUCAGUAUCCGAGACCCAGGGUCUCACCGAGUCGCAAGUCCAAGCAUCCCGAGGAAAAUAUGGCCGAAAUGCAAUCGCAGAAGAUCCUCCUACUCCUCUUUGGGAGCUGAUUCUUGAACAGUUCAAGGAUCAGCUGGUUAUCAUCCUCCUCGGUUCAGCUGCUGUGUCUUUCGUCCUGGCACUUUUCGAAGAGGAUGGUGGCUGGACAGCUUUUGUUGACCCGGCAGUUAUUCUCACAAUCUUAAUUCUUAAUGCCAUCGUUGGUGUAUCACAAGAAAGCAGUGCAGAGAAGGCAAUUGCGGCCCUCCAAGAAUAUUCCGCAAACGAAGCCAAGGUUAUUCGAGAUGGUCAUGUUUCAAAAAUUCGAGCGGAGCAGUUAGUUCCAGGGGACAUAAUUUCGAUUGCUGUGGGAGACAGAAUUCCGGCAGAUUGCAGGGUUCUUACAAUUCAAAGCAAUAGCUUCGCGGUUGACCAAGCCAUCCUUACCGGAGAGAGCGAGAGUGUUGGGAAGGACACGGCUACCGUCAAAGAUCUGAAGGCCGUGAAGCAGGAUCAGAUCAACAUCCUUUUCUCUGGAACGACAGUUGUCACCGGUCACGCUACCGCCAUUGUGGUCCUUACAGGAUCCUCCACGGCUAUCGGAGAUAUCCACGAGAGCAUUGUUGCCCAGAUUUCGGAGCCUACCCCCUUGAAGCAAAAGCUCAACGACUUUGGAGACACUUUGGCCAAGGUCAUUUCGGUCAUCUGUAUCAUUGUUUGGCUUAUCAACAUUCCGCAUUUCAAUGACCCAUCUCACGGAAGUUGGACAAAGGGAGCUAUUUACUAUCUCAAGAUUGCCGUUUCACUUGGAGUAGCGGCUAUUCCAGAAGGAUUAGCUGUUGUCAUCACAACAUGCCUGGCUCUUGGAACAAGAAAGAUGGCUGCCAAGAAUGCCGUGGUAAGAAGUCUGCCUUCUGUUGAGACACUUGGUAGCUGCAGUGUUAUUUGCUCCGACAAGACUGGCACUUUGACCACCAACCAGAUGAGCGUCAACAAGAUCGUAUUCAUCAAUGAAGCUGGGAUUGACCUCGAGGAGCUGGACGUCGAAGGAACGACGUUUGCUCCUCAGGGAAGCAUUAAAUCCAAAGGCUCGGUUGUCACAGAUGUAGCUAAAAGCUCAGAGACCAUUUUCCAAAUGGCUGAAGUUGCGGCGUUGUGUAACGAUGCUCAAUUAGCCUUCGAUCCAAAGUCUGGACACUAUUCAAACGUUGGAGAGCCUACCGAAGGAGCUCUGCGUGUCCUGGUUGAAAAGAUUGGAACCAAGGAUAUAGCUCAAAAUCAGCGAAGAGCCAGCGUUACAACCCAGGACACCCUCCAUCUCGCCAGUUCUUGGUAUGAGGAGAGGAGUCCCAGAUUAGCAACCUACGAGUUUUCUAGAGAUAGAAAGAGCAUGUCAGUUCUUGUGGGUGACAAGAAGCAGCAGAGACUACUUGUCAAAGGAGCACCAGAAUCAAUCAUCGACCGAUGUACUCAGACGAUUGUAGGAGCCAACGGAAAGAAGGUGCCCAUGUCGAAAAAUCUGUCAGACAUUUUGCUCAGAGAAGUCGUAGACUAUGGGAACAGAGGACUGCGAGUGAUCGCUCUCGCCAGUGUCGAGGAUGUCACCUCGAACCCUCUUCUCAAGAAGGCUAAGACGACGAAAGAAUAUCUAGACCUUGAGCAAAACCUUACAUUCCUUGGUCUUGUUGGCAUGCUCGAUCCUCCCCGUCCUGAGGUUGCUGGAUCGAUCCGAAAGUGCAAGGAAGCUGGUAUCCGUGUCAUUGUGAUUACCGGCGACAAUCGCAACACGGCGGAGACCAUAUGCAGGCAGAUUGGCGUCUUUGGCGAGUACGAGGAUUUGGAGGGCAAGAGCUAUACCGGACGCGAAUUCGACAAUCUCACUGAGAGCGAGCAGUUGGAGGCAGCAAAAAGGGCUUCUCUCUUCUCUCGAGUUGAACCGAGCCACAAGUCGAGGCUCGUUGAUCUCCUUCAAUCAGCUGGAGAAGUGGUGGCAAUGACUGGCGACGGCGUUAACGAUGCACCAGCUUUGAAGAAAGCUGAUAUUGGUGUUGCCAUGGGAUCCGGAACCGAUGUCUCCAAGCUGGCCUCUGAUAUGGUUCUUGCUGAUGACAACUUCGCUACCAUUGAAGUCGCCAUCGAGGAAGGUCGCUCCAUUUACAACAAUACACAGCAAUUUAUCAGAUAUCUCAUUUCGUCCAACAUCGGCGAAGUCGUUUCGAUCUUCUUGACUGCCGCCGUUGGCAUGCCAGAAGCUCUGAUUCCCGUCCAGCUUCUCUGGGUCAAUCUUGUCACCGAUGGUCUUCCCGCCACAGCUUUAUCUUUCAAUCCUCCCGAUCAUGAUAUUAUGAGAAGACAACCAAGAAAGAGGGAUGAGCCACUCAUUGGCGGCUGGCUCUUUUUCCGCUACAUGGUCAUCGGAAUCUACGUUGGUCUUGCUACUGUCGCUGGAUACGCUUGGUGGUUCAUGUACAAUCCGGAGGGACCCCAAAUCACCUUCUGGCAAUUGUCACAUUUCCAUCGAUGCUCCACCCAGUUCCCAGAGAUUGGCUGCCAGAUGUUCUCCGAUGACAUGGCAAAGGCGGCUUCUACUGUCUCACUAUCCAUCCUGGUUGUCAUUGAGAUGCUGAACGCUAUGAAUGCACUUUCUUCAAGCGAGUCCCUUCUCACGCUCCCAUUAUGGGACAACAUGAUGCUGGUGUAUGCCAUUACUCUGUCGAUGGCUUUGCACUUUGCUCUGCUUUACACCCCCUUUUUACAAACUCUGUUCUCAAUUCUCCCUCUGAAUUGGAAUGAGUGGCAAGCAGUGCUUAUAAUUAGCGCUCCUGUCAUUCUCAUUGAUGAAGCUCUCAAGUUCGUUGAGAGACAAUUGUUCAUGCAGAAGACUGCGGUGAUCGAGCCAAGAGCAAAGAAGGAGUAAACAAGCAUACAUGGCUGCGGUCCACUUAAAGCUGUACAUUAGUAGACAGUAGAUAUUAGAACCAGACCGAUGUACUUUAGCAUUUUCAUCAAGUUGGAGUUAUGGCUCUGCAUAUAUGUGCUCCAAGAAAUUUCGCUGAUAUGAAGCUGGAGAUGCUACUCAGGUGCAGUAAACCCUAGAAAGCUAUAAUUUGCAUUCUAUAU